AAUAUGGCGUCCCCCAUUUAGACAGAUCCAUGGUUUCUACCCCCGCAACCCGGCAGUGCUGAGUAGGUUGCCCUAACUUUAGCAGAAAGCUGCAGUUAAAGUUUGUUUCUGAUCACGGCGCCAGGAAACCGCCCUCUUCGAAGGGUCAGGAGUUAUCGCUUCUUCUAGUACCCGCAAGUUCCGUCUCAGUCCCUGGGCUGUUCCCCGUGCCACUUCCAGACGCCCCGAGGUCCCAGAAACUCCCAGAUCCAAACUAUGAGCCUUCUGCAGUUGUUGUUGCGCUUGCCGCGUUACCUCGGAAACUCGGGUCCGCGUCACCUUUGGUGGUCCAGGUCCCUCGACUCAAUCUCUUCGGUGGGCUCCUGGCGUGGUCAAUCCUCCAGGUCCCCUACCCACUGGAACCAAGUGGUGUCAGAGGCGGAGAAGAUCGUGGGUUAUCCCACAUCCUUCAUGAGCCUCCGCUGCCUGCUGAGCGACGAGCUCAGCAACAUCGCCAUGCAGGUGCGGAAGCUGGUGGGGACUCAGCAUCCUCUGCUUACCACAGCCAGGGGACUUGUUCAUGACAGCCGGAAUAGCCUCCAGUUGAGAGGCUUGGUGGUGCUACUUAUAUCUAAAGCAGCAGGGCCCAAUAGCGUGAAUGCUUCGUGUCAGAACUAUGACAUGGUCAGUGGGAUCUAUUCAUGUCAAAGAAGUUUGGCAGAAAUCACAGAACUUAUCCAUACAGCUCUCCUCGUACAUCGUGGGAUAGUAAACUUAAGUGAAUUGCAAUCUUCUGAUGGACCACUGAAGGACAUGCAGUUUGGAAAUAAAAUAGCUAUCUUAAGUGGAGACUUUCUUCUAGCAAAUGCCUGCAAUGGACUAGCUCUGCUAAAGAACACCAAGGUUGUGGAACUUAUAGCAAGUGCUCUUAUGGACUUGGUACAAGGAGUAUAUCAUGAAAAUUCUACUUCAGCAAAGGAAGAUUAUAUCACAGAUGAUAUUGGAAUAUCGACUUGGAAGGAGCAGACUUUUCUCUCCCAUGGUGCAUUAUUAGCAAAGAGCUGCCAAGCUGCAAUGGAAUUAGCCAAGCAUGAUGCUGAGCUUCAGGAUACGGCAUUUCAGUAUGGGAAGCACAUGGCCUUGAGUCAUAAGAUAAAUUCUGAUCUCCAGCCUUUUAUUAAAGAAAAGACCAGUGACUCCAUGGCUUUUAGUCUAAACUCAGCUCCUGUAGUGUUACAUCAGGAAUUUCUUGGAAGAGAUAUCUGGAUUAAGCAAAUCAAAGAGGCUCAAGAAAAGGGAAGAUUGGACUAUGCUAAGUUGCGAGAAACAAUCAAAGCUGGCAAAGGUGUGACUUCAGCUAUUGACCUGUGUCGUUACCAUGGAAACAAGGCACUGGAAGCCCUGGAGAGCUUUCCUCCCUCGGAGGCCAGAUCUGCUUUAGAAAACAUUGUGUUUGCUGUGACCAGAUUUUCGUGACACCAAAUUAAAAGAGACACUAUUGUUAGCUGAAAAAACCGGGGAAUAAGGCCAUCAGGAGAGACUUCAUGAUGAGCUAUCUAAAUAUGUUAAUGACUUUAGAAAUACACAUUUUCCCCCUGCCUUUUAUCACAUUGCUAAAUGAAUACUGCUUUCUUGUUGGAACUGCUGCAAACAAAAUUAGAAGGAAAAAGGUCAAGCAGUUUUCACUUGUCACGCCAGAAGCACACUUGAAGCUGCAGUAGCAGAAAUAAUUAAUGAGAUUCACUCCUGUGACCUCAGCAAAUGGACAGGAAAUAAGUCCUUAUUGAUUGGACCGAGCCAGGGAUGGCGCCAGGGCGGUGGCCUGUGGUUUUCCUUCUGGAGAGGACAGAGCGAGCUGGAAGCUGCAGGUGUCAAGAGAAACACUAUCUAUGCCAGCCAGGAGGACUGUCAAAUCAGAAACUGGCGACCAGUUUGUCAUCGCAGAGAGUAGUUCAAUGAUUAAGAAAAGAAAAUGCUUUGUCUUUUUGCAUUUGCCUCUGUACGCCUAGAUACAGUAUGAUUACACUUUGCACCUCAUAAUUUUUGAGAGAUUGGGAGGGGGGUAAAAAUUGCUGGGGGUAAAAAAUGCCAAUAUUCGAAGUAGGAGAUUAAAAUGUUAUCAAAUGUUAACUUGGUUGUAGUAGGAAUUGCCUGUUUUUCCUUCUUAAUGACCAAAUCUUUUUCAGACACACUUAACAGAAUCGGUUUUUUAUUUUUUAAGCUGAGCAGGAUACUUUUUGCAAGUAAAAUGUCUUCAUUUGUAAUACUGUGGAAUAGAGAAUACCUUUAACUUUUAUA